AUGUAUAUAUGAUUUGUAAAAGUACAAGUAUUACAGAUGCAUAAGUCUGAACUAACUUAAAGUUACAUAAACGUGUGUCUACAACGAUUUCGGUCAAAUGUGACAUAUCAUACUAGCAAACUAAUAAAAUAAAGGCUUACAAUGGAUAUAUUCAUAAAUUCAUCGAUAGGUGUUCACAUUGCUCCUAAUUUUACUCCGCAAAUUAUGAUGGGAACUGAUGAAUUACAUUACAAACGAUACGAAUUCUUAACACUGAGACCGGAAAUAGCAAUUCCAACGUUAGUAGUUUUGUUUCUUGCUACGGUGAUUGGAACUGGAGGAAAUAUUAUCACGUUGUUGGUUUUUGUUAUAAGGAGAAGCAUGAGAAAUAUAGAGAGUAUAUUCUUGAUCAAUUUGGUGAUAUCUGACCUAUAUAUGACCUCAGUGGCUGAUCCUACGAGCAUAAUUGCAAAAGUAGAAGGAGAAGACUUUUUCACUGACGUACCAGGACUAUGUCAAAUAGUCGCCAGCUUGUGUACCGUUUCCUGUGUGACGUCAUUGAUGACGAUAGGCCUAAUGAGCAUCAACCGUUUCUUUUACAUUUGUAUGCACGAGAAAUAUGAACGCAUUUUUACUAAAUACAGAUGCAUUUGUGUAUGUAUUUCUCUAUAUUUUGUCGGAGGAUUUCUGGUACUGCUCAACGCAGCUGAUGUUGGUGACCAUGGCUUUGACAGCAAAAGUCUUGAAUGUAUUUGGGACCGCAUGGCGUCAUAUCCGUAUACAGUAGUUUUCUCAACUUUGGUUUGGAUACCUUCAAUUCUCAUAAGCAUUUGUUACUUGAAAAUAUAUCUGUAUGUAAGAGCUCAUAAAAAACGAAUGCGUGAACAACAUGUCUCUUCGAAGUUAAGGAGCUUUCACUUAGCAAAAACGCUAUUUAUCAUUUACGUUGUGUUUGUAACAUGUUGGGCACCAUAUGCUUUACUUGUAGUGGUGGAUUCAAACAAUACGUUUCGGCACGAAAUUCACGUGUUCAUUACAAUGUUUGCACACUUACACCCUUCUAUUAAUUGGUUUAUCUAUUACAAGACAAAUAAAAAGUUCGCUGCUGGCUACAGAAGCCUGUUCCAUCGAUGUAAAAUGCUUAGUUGCGAUACGGAGAGUAGUACAAAUUGAUUAUCAUCCAGCAAGUCUAAAACCACAAAGCAAACACCGAUUGAACAUAGUUCAGAUACAAUUUUAUAGAAUUUACUUCAAAUACGUCAUGCUUUAAGGUGACGUAUAGUAUUUUAUGCUCAAAAUCGUUUUGUAGUCAUAAGGGCUAUAAGUUAUUUUGUAUUAAUAUCUACAGCUUCAAAACAUCUGUCCUAAAAUGUUUAUGUUUUAUACUUUAUGAAAAACAAAACAUUCAGAUCUAUUUUAGCGAAUAAGAUUUCAUAAAAAAUAAAAGGUAAGGGUAGAUUUCCAGGAAGCACAGAGUACCCAAAACUCGGGCAAGAGAGCUAUGCAUCGCAAAGUAGGCCCGCAAGAAAAAGAAACUGUAUCGGAAAAAUAAAGCAUACAGGUUGCUUCGAAAAAACAUUAUACGUGACAUUUAAUAUUCUGUGCCACUUGAAUGCAUUGAACAUAGGACUAUACUUCCGUAUGUUGUAUUUGUCAGGAAGAAAUUAGAGUAAGUAGCUCGAAUGCACUAAUAUCUUUUUAUUGACUUACACAAAUAAAAAUAAUGACUGCUUAUAAGUUAUAGGUCUAUUGCUAUUUGUUGAAAUAACUGCAAAUAUGUUGCCACAUAUUUUCAGAGUUUUGUUAAAUCUUUAAGAAGCCGUAUUACGCUUAAUAAAAUGUUAAUUCGCUAAAACUGUCUAAGGCUUUUCUUAAUUAUGUUUAGAGCGAGGAAGCUUGAACAUUUCAUUACCUUUCAUGAACAAAUUCAAUCAAAUUGUGUCUGCUAUUACACACUUGGUUACAUUCUAUGCUUCAAAAGUACCUAUUCAUUUUCGGAAAGGCACUUUAUGUAUCUAAAUAGAUAAAUCAAAACUCACUAUAUAGGCUAAACAAAUAUUUAGGUCAUUAAAGAGAUCCUCAGCUCAUUUUAACAAGGGUUACAGUUAAAGGUAGCCGCCCGAAAGUUUUUAUGCAUUUUCACUAAGUCCAUUAACACUCAAUCAAAGCGAACCUGCAACGAGCCUGCAACAUUUUCAUUUUUGUCGUUUUGAACGAUUUUUUUAGUUCGUUUUGUGCAUUAUUUUCUGGUUUAAAGAACAAUGUCAUAUUGCCAUACAAGUACAUUGAAGACAUGAUUUGUGACAGUUUGUAUGGUCCAGUAGGUAUAACAAACUGUUACUGCAUAAAUCAAUUUGAAGACAUAUAUCUAGAUUAUAAGACGUGUUAUUAUAAAAUGAAAUUGCUGUAUUUUGAAAACAUUGUAUUAAACAUUACAUUAAACAAACCAUUAGGUAUUAAACUGAUGACUUUAGUGAUCAUAUGAGCCGUGCCAUGGGAAAACCAACAUAGUGGGUUUGCGACAAGCAUGGAUCCAGACCAGCCUGCGCAUCCGCGCAGUCUGGUCAGGAUCCAUGCUGUUCGCUUUCAAAGCCUAUUGGAAUUAGAGAAACUGUUAGCGAACAGCAUGGAUCCUGACCAGACUGCGCGGAUGCGCAGGCUGGUCUGGAUCCAUGCUGGUCGCAAACCCACUAUGUUGGUUUUCUCAUGGCACGGCUCAUAUUUUAUAUGACUCGUGAUGUAUUGAUGGCCUGAUGUACUUUCCUGUAUGCCGAGAACAUUCAUUUUAUUAAGUGAAACGUGUGAGUGUGACAAAUAUUGUAUUCAAUUGAAGUGUAUGAUAUAUCUGUAUUGCAAACAGAACAAAAUGGUUUUUGAAUUCGUAUUUAUUUGGGUGUGUAUCUAAUACGAAUAAAAUGAUAUAUGAAAUGAUUUAACAAAAAAGCUAUUAUUUCAAAACAACUUACUUUGUUUAGUUUUUCUCGUUCUUUUUGACAUAGAAACUGAUCUGUCAAUAAAUAAAGCAUACUGUUGUUGUUGUUGC